GUACCUAUAACGUUGGGAUCAGUCUAUUAAUUUACGGGAGGGAAAUAGCAAAUACAGAAUGGACUGUCAGGAUGGGGAUGACAAGCCUUUUUUCAAUGAAAAUGAUGAAGAUAUAGAUAUUGAUGAGUGGACUAUUCCCGACAAGGGUCUCAUUCAAAAGAUGGUGAAGCAGAUAGAGUAUUAUCUAUCCGAUGAGAAUCUUGCCAAAGAUGCUUUCCUUUUGAAACACGUCAGGAGGAACAAGAUGGGCUACGUGAACAUAAAGUUACUCACAUCUUUCAAAAAGAUGAAACAACUGACCAAAGACUGGCGUACCACAGCCUAUGCCCUGCGCCAUUCCAGCAAACUUGAAGUCAAUGAGGAGGGAAACAAAGUCCGGCGAUUAGAGCCUGUGCCAGACGCAGUUCUCUCCCAAGUGCCCAGUAAAGUCCUGCUGGUCUGGAACGUCUCUGAACUGUGCGUAAGUGCAUCAGUAAAUCCUGCUGACCAAAUCAAUUAUCCGGACCCCCGUCCUCGUAGCACCAUAGAAAUAGCCAUCAGUCUUUUAGAACCCUUUGGAGCCAUUAGCACUGUGCGGGUGAACAGACCAGGCAGAGAACUUCCAUCUGAGGUCCAGAGAUACAGCUACAGGUACCCUGAGCUGUCCACAGAAGAGAGUGUUCUGGUCGAAUAUGAGGAGCUGGAGGGGGCAGGGAAAGCUUACCAUGAGCUGACUCAGCCCGACAGCUCUGUGAAGGUUGUCCUGGUGGGCAGGAGCUCCAAGAAGAAGAAGCUGAUGAUGAAUCAGGAUGCGUCCUCCGUGGGUUCCUUGGAGGAGAGGACAUCAGGUAAGGGCAUGGCCAUCCUCAACCGGCGCAUGGAGCAGCUCCAGUCCCGAGCUGAGGACUCCUCGGCCUACAGCUCCUCGGAGUCUGAGUUUGCCUCCUCGUCCCCACUCCACGUGCCCCGCUUCUUCAGCGGCCAGGUAGUGGGGGGCUUUGGCAGCAGCCCCUGGGGCAGCCCUCGCUCCAGCCCCAGGGUCCUCCACGCGCCCCUCCCGGGACCCAGGGUCUCCCCUCUGCUCUUCUCAGAGAUGUGGGGCAGCCCUGACACCAGCCCGGAGCUGAGCAGACGGAGGAGCCCAGAACAGUGUUCUGACAAUCCAGCCUCCACCCCCACAGGCAGUCCAUGGGUGCAGCGACGCAAGCUGGCAGUCAUACAGACUCCCAACUCCUCCUCAACAGAGGACGUUUGUGCCAGGCAGAACCGGGGCAUCGGAACAGCUAAAAGGGCUUUAAACGGGGACUUGAAUGUUCCCCAUGGGGUUCUUCGGUUCCCCUAUGGUCCAGAUGGUACCCGUGGGUUCCACCUCACUGUGGCUAGAAGAUUUCAUCACCCUCUCAAAAUUUUAAUGAACUGAUUUCAUGAAUUUUAAAUGUGGUGAGUUCACAUGCUGUCAUGCUAUUUAUUAUUAAAAUGGUUCAGUGAAAGCAUCUAAUUUAUUCUAUUUAUGGUAGAUGGUAUUAUAUAAAUCAUUUCAUGCUGUCUGUACAACACUCCCCUGCUAAUACAAUAAAUUGCACUUUGAAUGUAUGGACUGUAUGUAUA